AUGGCUUCUCUCCGAGGAGCUCCUCCGGGAGUGUUUGAGAUUCAACAGAGCAGUUCAUUUCAAGGGAUACAGCCUACAACAACGCAUAGAUACGCGUCAGAGAACAAUGGCCAUGUGUCCCACCAGGAAGCACUCGAGGAAGCUAGUGAUUUCGAAGAGGAAGAGGUAGAUGAGUCUGUUCGAGAAGACAUGAACAAGCUUGAAGAUACCUUCCCUGGUAUCUCGGAUCGGUUCCGUCUCGUCAAUCGCAUUGGAGAAGGAACUUUCUCGACGGUAUACAAGGCGGAGGAUCUGCUCUACGAUCACUACGAUAACGACUGGGAUAUCUUCGGACAAGCGCAAGCGCAAGAACAAGAGGCGUGGGCUAGCCCUCCUUCCAAGCGCCGUCGAGUAGACGGAGCACCUGGUAGACGGAGAAAUGCCCGAUAUGUGGCAUUGAAAAAAAUCUACGUUACUAGUAGCCCUAUUCGAAUCCAAAACGAGCUGGAGCUCCUCCAUGAUCUUCGAGGCUGUCGGUCCGUGUGCCCGCUCAUCACGGCAUUUCGAAUUCAAGACCAAGUUGUUGCUGUCCUGCCUUACUUCCCACAUACGGAUUUUCGUAUUCAGUACCGAACGUUCAUGGUGGCAGACAUGCGCCAUUAUCUACGAUCCCUCCUAACCGCAUUGCAUUCAGUUCACGACCAUGACAUUCUUCAUCGCGAUAUCAAACCAACUAAUUUUCUCUACAAUCCAGACCUCAAGGAAGGUGUUCUAGUGGACUUUGGUCUUGCUGAGCGCCAUGGUUCUGAGUACGCUAGUCCAUGUCUGUGUACUCACCAAUCAUAUGUUCGCCGAAGCCGAAUACUUUCCAGCUACUACUCAAAGAAUCCGCCGUCCGGGGGCCUGUCAAGUGGGUAUCCCAAAAACGACUCUCGUUCAUCAAGGCGAGCGAAUCGAGCAGGUACUCGAGGCUUCAGAGCUCCCGAGGUAUUGUUUAAAUGCACAUCACAAACAACGAAGAUCGACAUGUGGUCUGUUGGUGUGAUUCUCUUGACCCUACUUGGCCGUCGGUUCCCAUUCUUCAACUCUGCAGAUGAUAUCGAUGCUAUGAUUGAGAUGGCCAGCAUAUUCGGUACGCGCCGAAUGAAGACUGCGGCAGCCAUGCAUGGUCAAAUCUUUGAAACGAAUAUUCCUACCAUUGGUGAAAAGGGCUACAGCUGGGAAAAGUUGGUGAAAUGGUCUAGUUGCGUGGAGGAUUUAACAGAGAGUGAACAACAGGCAACACGCCUUCUUGCCGGUUUGAUGGAGCUAGACCCAUCAAAGCGGCUAAGUGCAGAAGAUGCCUUACAACAUGAGUUUUUUACUAGUCCGGUGCAUCAUGACGUGGAGUGGGGAGGCAAUCCAGAAGAGAGUGGAGACUCAGCUGAAGAGGAUGAAGCUGGGGAAGAUGAAGCUGAUGAAGUCGCCAUGCUAUGA